GUGCAGAGAGGAAGACACCUACCUUUGGGGAGGAAGAAGAAGAAGAAGAAGCUCAGAGAGAGAAAGAGAGGGAGGGAAGGAAGGGAAGGAGAGGAGCGCCACUCACUUUUCCUCCUCCAAGCCACCAGGAGAACCUCGCAGUUUCUGGCGACCGCCGGACGCCUUUUUCUGUGAAAUCCCUAAUUUUCCGGGCUUCCAUGCGCUGAUCCGUCCGUCACAAGUGGCCUCAUGGAUUUGUACCUGAUUGGAUAUUUGGUGUGUGUGUGGCUCUGCGGCUCGCGGGUGCUCGGAGGCUAUCCCAUCUGGUGGUCCCUGGCCCUGGGGCAGCAGCCCAUCCUGUGUGGCUCCAUCCCGGGCCUGGUGCCCAAGCAGUUACGUUUCUGCCGCAACUACAUCGAGAUCAUGCCCAGCGUGGCCGAGGGCGCCAAGUUGGGGAUCCAGGAGUGCCAGCACCAGUUCCGGGGCCGUCGAUGGAACUGCACCACCGUCAAGGACAACCUGGCCAUCUUCGGCCCGGUCCUGGAUAAAGCAACCAGAGAGUCGGCGUUCGUCCACGCCAUCGCUUCAGCCGGCGUCGCCUUUGCCGUCACGCGCUCCUGCGCCGAGGGGACGUCAACCAUGUGCGGCUGCGACUCCCACCACAAAGGACCCCCAGGGGAGGGAUGGAAGUGGGGCGGCUGCAGCGAAGACGCCGAAUUUGGGGUGAUCGUGUCCAGGGAGUUUGCGGACGCCAGGGAGAACCGACCAGACGCCCGCUCGGCCAUGAACCGACACAACAAUGAAGCAGGACGCACGACCAUCCUGGACCACAUGCACCUGCGCUGCAAGUGCCAUGGCCUGUCCGGCAGCUGCGAGGUGAAGACCUGCUGGUGGGCUCAGCCCGACUUCCGCAUGCUGGGCGACUACCUAAAGGACAAGUACGACAGCGCCUCCGAGAUGGUGGUGGAGAAGCACCGGGAGUCCCGCGGCUGGGUGGAGACCCUGCGGGUCAAGUACACCUUCUUCAAGCAUCCCACCGAGCGAGACCUGGUCUACUACGAGGGCUCGCCCAACUUCUGCGAGCCCAACCAUGAGACGGGCUCCUUCGGGACGCGGGACCGUGCCUGCAACGUGUCCUCGCACGGCAUCGAAGGCUGCGACCUGCUGUGCUGCGGCCGCGGGCACAACACCCGGACAGAGAAGCGCAAGGAAAAGUGCCACUGCAUCUUCCACUGGUGCUGCUACGUCAGCUGUCAGGAGUGCUUGCGCGUUUACGACGUACACACGUGCAAGUGAGGGCGGGGGAGAGGGGGCGCACGGACACGCUGGACUACGUUGGCCGCCCCCGUACCUCAAACCCCUGCACGUCGUCCCCUCCUUGCGCACUUCCCGUCCCACUCUGAUUCAACACCCGGUGGACGCCUCGCCCUCGUGGGAAUAAUCUCUGAUUCCCUACAGCACUGACCCUCCCUGAGCUUGUCCUACCCCAUGUCUUUAUUUAUUUCCCCCCUCUCUCAAUCAGUCUGUUCCACUUAAACACAGUCUGGAGUAAAACGCCCCACUUUUACAACCAGUCAGGCUGGUUUUAGGGACACAGAGAUGGUUCUUUUUAAACUAAAUCGACCUCUAUAGGUGGGCUGAGCAGGUGGGUCAAAGAAGGCCUCGCUGUCUAACUACUGAAUGGGACUGAGAGCAGCAGUGGGUCGCUGUCUGUCUUCAAACUACUGAGCUGAUGAGACACGAACGCAACCGACGUCGAGGCCCGAUUUUUUUUUUUACGGCUCCGCAUUGCUGACAUAUCCCCACGAGGCCAGGACUGCAAGUAUGCAGGAGGCGGCAUGUGUGCGAACAGGCAGACUCAUUCCACGCGCUAACAAACGCCACAUUUCAGCCAAACCUUGCUAAACCCCACUCCGUAAAGAACUGGAACAGAAUUCUUUCCCCACAACCACAGGGUCUGACUCAAGUCAAGCUUCAGCACGUUUCGGGAGCACAGGAGAGAUACUUAAGAACGCUCAUCAGGGUUAACUUUUACCUUCCCAAUUGGACACCGGAGUUAUGGUAAACAGGGGUCACCACUGUGAGAUAUGUUUUGAAACAGAUUCUUCAGCUGGACGGCAUCUUCCACAACAUUAUUCUGAACCUUUGCCAGUCCAAAAAACAACAAAACUAGUCUUAAACUAAACAAGGAAUCCACGACUCCUUGGUGGUCCGCAGUGUUACUGCAGGGAGGGUCGUAAAAUUGCUUGUUCAUGAGGCUUUUUCUUAAUUUAUAUAUUUGUCAAUAUUCCCUGGCAAUUUUGCCGCAAAUUGUAAUGUCUUUAAAUCCAAAUUAACGGUGCGUUCCAUUUACAUCGGAAGUCAUUCAAUCAAUCAAUCAAUGUUUACUAGCCCUGAAUCAAGUCGGAGCUGGGAAUGGCAGCACAUACUUCGUUCAAGUUGGAAAACAAGAAUGCCGUCUCCACCGGAAACGUCUCGGAAUAUAAACAAGUAGUGGACAAAUACGCGGUCCUUCCGCGGCAUUUUAACACGGUGGAUGAAGAGGCGGCGCAAGGACAUCGAAGCUAGCGGAAAACAAAUAAAAACAUGUCGAGUAACAACAGUUGGGAUAGCCAACUCUAAAAAACACAACUCGCGGCUAGUGAGUAUUCUCCGACUUAUGAAUCCGAUCUCGGGAGCGUUCCAGUUGAAACUUGAGGCUAUUGUUAGCAAUGUUAGCACAGUUAUUUUAAUUGAAAAUGUCAUGUGAUCAUCCACAUAUGACCAGCAAGCAAAGUGGACACCCGUGCUCCUGAUCGUCUUCCCGUCCUGCAACUCGGUGCCGAGCGUUCAACAAAUUUUGUUCGGAUUGUAUUUCUAUUGAUAUUUUUUAAAUAAAACAAAAACAAAAACGGAAGUUAUAUUUUGACGCAAAAAUAAAUGUUUAAAGGUGCGUAUUUCCUGUAGCUAUGGUUAACAGUUUGGAUAGUCAACUUUAAAAAACACAACUCGCAGCUAGUCAUUAUUCUCCGACUUUCCGAGUUAGAAAUCCGAUCUUGGGAGCGUUCCAGUUGAAACUUGCGGCUAUUGUUAGCAAUUUUAGGACGGUUAUUAUCAAUGAAAAAUGUAAUGUCAUCGUCCAAAUAUGACCAGCAAGCAAAGUGGGCAGCCGUGCUCCUGAUCGUCUUCCCGUACUGCAACUCUGUGCCGAGUGUUCAACAAAUUUUGUUCGGAUUGUAUUCUUAUUUAUAAAUUUUAAAUUAAAAAAAAAACACGGAAGUUACAUUUUGACGCGAAAAUAAGUGUUUAAAAAGGUGCAUUUCAUGUAGCUAUGGUUAACAGCUGGGAUAGCCAACAUAAAAAAAAAUACAACUCGGGGGCGUAGUGAGUAUUCUCCGACUUUCAGAGUUACAAAUCAGAUCUCGGGGGCUUUCAAGUUGAAACUUGAGGCUAUUGUUAGCAAUGUUAGCACGGUUAUUAUCAUUGAAAAUGUCAUGUGAUCGUCCAAAUAUGACCAGCAAGCAAAGUGGACAGCCGUGCUCCUGAUCGUCUUCCCGUCCUGCAACUCGGUGCCGAGCGUUCAACAAAUUUUGUUCGGAUUGUAUUUUUAUUGAUAUUUUUUAAAUAGAAAAAAACACGGAAUUUACAUUUUGACGCAAAAAUACAUCUUUAAAGACGCGUAUUUCCUGUAGCUACGGUUAACAGUUGGGAUAGCCAACUUUAAAAAAUAUAACUUGCGGCAAGUGAGUAUUCUCCGACUUAUGAAUCCGAUCUCGGGAGCGUUCCAGUUGAAACUUGAGGCUAUUGUUAGCAAUGUUAGCAUGGUUAAUAUCAUUGAAAAUGUCAUGUGAUUGUCCAAAUAUGACAAAGCAAAGUGGACAGCCGUCAAAGCUGUGGCUCUGGAGAAAACAACUCGGGGAGGGGGUAAUGAGUAUUCUCCGACUUUCCCGGUUAGAAAUCCGAUCUCGGGUUGAAACUUGCGGCUAGGAACUCGGAAAUGGAACGCACCAUACCACUGCAGAAAUGGCAGCAACUUGCCAAGUUUAAAACAAAAACAUGAAUCAGUUCAUUAUUAUAUUCAUGGUAGCAUUUAAUAUAGAUAGCGAUUAGCGCUGUGUAUUAUCGGAAUAUGGUUUUAUUGCACGAUAAAGUACCUUCAGGACCAGUUUAAUUUUUAAAAAACCAGGUUAAAUAGGAUAUAAAAGCAGAAGUCCUUGCUUCAUCUCAAUGCAUUGUCCAUGUUAGACGCACGCACUAUUGCCCCCUGUGGUGGAACGUGGUAUUACAGGCAGGCCCACAUGUGUACUAAUGAAGACCUACUGCAGCGUACUUAGCAUCUUCCUGGCCCCUCCCCCUCCCCCCUGCCCGCUACAUCCAAAGUGUUGUACAAACGUUCGAAAGUGAAUAAUGCCCUUUUUUUUAUUUUAUAAUCGUAAAUGUUAUGUUUUUAUAAAUAUUAUUUAUUAUACAAUGUAUAUAUCUGUACGACUGAACUAAGAUUAUAUAU